UAUAGUAAAAUGUUUGUUUUACAGUACGUGAUGGAAUGUCUUUAAUAUUGAAUUUGAUCAUUCGAGCAAAUGUUGCCUCUCGACAAAGAGUUGCCCGAUUUUCAAUAACUGCUCCCAGACAGAUUGUCUUUGUGCACUAGAGUGCUGUAUGAGCAAAUUGCAUAACUAAUUUAGACUAUAAGGUGAAUUCCAUUCCCAGGUGGUAUAAAAGGGGAUAGCUUAGAGCAAGUCGUCACUUCUUUGCCAGAUUAACCAAGAAGCUAAUCAACGAGAACUCCAAAAGAUGUUUCUAAAAGUUGUUGUGGUUCUUUUGGCCGUUGAAUUAAGCGUGGCCCAAAGCGCACGACAACGAGUACGACCCUUAGACAGGAAAGCGGGCAGAAAGCGCUUUGCACCGAUUUUUCCACGCCAGUGCAGCGAACAGUUUCAUGGUGAAUGCAUGAAAAGUUGCGGGGAUCUUCCACAGAUGGUGGGAUUGUGUCCAUCAGGGACAAUUUGUUGCGAAAAUACGUGCAGAAAGCGCUUUGCACCGAUUUUUCCACGCCAGUGCAGCGAACAGUUUCAUGGUGAAUGCAUGAAAAGUUGCGGGGAUCUUCCACAGAUGGUGGGAUUGUGUCCAUCAGGGACAAUUUGUUGCGAAAAUAAGGGCAGAAAGCGCUUUGCACCGAUUUUUCCACGCCAGUGCAGCGAACAGUUUCAUGGUGAAUGCAUGAAAAGUUGCGGGGAUCUUCCACAGAUGGUGGGAUUGUGUCCAUCAGGGACAAUUUGUUGCGAAAAUACGGGCAGAAAGCGCUUUGCACCGAUUUUUCCACGCCAGUGCAGCGAACAGUUUCAUGGUGAAUGCAUGAAAAGUUGCGGGGAUCUUCCACAGAUGGUGGGAUUGUGUCCAUCAGGGACAAUUUGUUGCGAAAAUAAGGGCAGAAAGCGCUUUGCACCGAUUUUUCCACGCCAGUGCAGCGAACAGUUUCAUGGUGAAUGCAUGAAAAGUUGCGGGGAUCUUCCACAGAUGGUGGGAUUGUGUCCAUCAGGGACAAUUUGUUGCGAAAAUAAGUAAGUCAUAUAAAAUCAAGACAUUGAGAACUGUAAGCUGAUGUUUUGUAGGUCUUAGUACAAUUAGUAGCAAGGACGUUAGACAUAAUUCAUUAUAAAACUGUGUCGACCAUAUGCGAUGUACUGAUAUAAAUAAAUAAUGAUGAUUAGUGA